AUGUAUUUUGCUAUCCGCCUAAGCUUUGUCCUGGCUGUGCUCUUCUGCCUUACAGGAAACGGAAAUACUAGAGUGCUUGGUGCAGAUCGCAACAGGCUCCAGCAACUUCAGCUUCGAAGUCACCAAUCUGAUGAUGCCAACACCACCAUCGGAAUUUAUGAUAAGUACAAGGGCCAGAAGGGAUCAGAUGUGUUAAGAGAAGCUCAACUGACUUCAAAAGUCAAUGAUUUUUAAAGAAAGAAUAUGGUCGUCGAUGGAGUGCCCGCCCAAGGAGGAGGAAUUAAAGAUAUUCUUAAAGCAGAAAAGAAAGCUGGUGACGCCGUUCCUGAUGAUGUGAAGGAGGAUGCUGAGAAACUCCUUAAGAGCGCUGCAGAAGCCGUAGCUAAAAAAAUGUUUAGCUAUUUUAGAAAUAGAAAAUUCGAGAAUAUUUCAUAA